AAAAGUAUUUAAAGACUCAUGUGAAAUGAUUAUGAUGAAAGAAAGCAAUCUAAAAUUGAGUAUUUUAAUCAUUGCUGUCUAUUUGUCUUUCCUUUUUAUAAUUGCGAGCUCGAUCUAGCAGCAACGACUGCCGCGCUCCGUAACUUCCAUUCAUUUGGGAUUCAGCAUAGCAUUACCACAGAAAAAAUGUUUCAUUUAAAAGGUAAAACAUUGGACUACGUGGGCACAGCCGUACACUACUACAUGUAUGCAAUUCUGGGUCUGAUGAUGUCCAUACCAGGACCAACACUUAUAGACUUGACACAUUCCAGCGGAACAGAUGCCUAUGGGAUUUCUUUCAUCUACGUGGCUCGGGCAACAGGAUACUUGGUUGGAUCUCUCUCAGGUGGCAUUAUACUUGAUUGCUUGAAAACGAAGGAAUUGGCUAUGAUUUGCAGCAGCCUAUUCAUAGCUUUGGGAGCAUUUGUCAUACCUUUUUGUCGAAGUCUACCAAUGCUACUUGGAACAUUUGUUAUUACUGGAUUUGCAAUAGGUUUUAGCAACACAGGAUGUAAUGCCAGCUGUCUCCGAAUAUGGGGUAAAAAAAGUGCUCCAGUGUUACAGGGACUCCACUUGCUGUAUGGCUGUGGUGCCUUCCUUGCACCAGUCCUAGCUGCACCUUUCUUGGACGAUUCUUUAAAUGCACCACUCAAAGAGCUCAAUGCUACAGUCACUCCAAACGUCACAUUCCUAAACAUAACUGUAGACAAAGUGGAAAUUGUCGCCACAGUUCCAACCAUAACAUGGGUAUACAUGAUUGCUGGCGUCCUCGCAACGUUUGUUACUUGUUUUUUUAUUCUAAUUGUUCUCUUCCUUCCCCCUAAAAACGCAUCCUCCGAAAAAGCUUCCGAAAGUGAAAACGUUCGAAAUCCGGGCUAUUUAUUUACAUCCAUCGUCGUCGCCCUCGCGUGCAUACUCACUGGUCUGUCCUCAGGAAUUGAAGUGAGCUUCACACAAAUGAUCACAACCUAUGUGGUCAACAGCUCUCACGGACUUUCGAAAAGCAAAGGCUCCUACAUCACAUCCGCCUAUUGGAGCGCUUUCACUACCGCCAGAUUCCUAUCCAUUUUUCUAACCUGCAAAUUGGACAUCAGAAAAAUUUUAGCAUGUUCAUUAGUAUUAUCAGUAUCAGCAGCUAUAGUAUUAUUAACUUUUGGUAAUAUAUCCGUGACAUCUCUGUGGGUGGGUGGUGCCAUGCUGGGUGUUUCGAUGGCACCCCUUUUCCCGGGUGUGCUUGCGUGGGUGGAGAGAUACAUCAAUAUUAACAGUCGUAUAGCAUCAGUAUUUACCUUAGUUUCGUGUGUGCUGGAAAUGGUGGUCCCCCUCACCAUCAGCAUGUACCUCAGUACAUACCCGAAUGUGCUUUUUGUUUUCCUAACAGGUGCGACAUCGUUGGCGGCGAUUUUAUUUGUUAUUAUACACAUUAUUUUAAUUCGCAAAGGAGAGAAAUAUGAAGCACAUCCCGAACAACAGGUUCAAGAAAAAGAAGCAACUGUCUGAAAAAAAUUAGGCCAUUGAAUAACGCUCAUACUUCAUCAUUUAUUUUACAUCAGUUUAUUAGUGUGAAGAAAAAGAUUGACUGUAGAUAAUCCAUUUGAAAUGUAUUAUUUGUGUGUUUCAGCACAAUGCGUGAUUUCGAUCCAAUUCCUUGUGAUACUUUUUGGAACUGUAACAUACGGAUCCCAAUUAAAUAUAUUUUGAUAUUUU